UUAUUGUCAUCGUCCUCGUCGUCCUCGUCGUUCGUUCGUUCGUACGUUUUUCACAAACGAGAAAAUGAAAACUUUGUGCGACUUAAAAUCGAUUCAAGUUUAAAGUAAAAACCAUUUUCCGUUGCCCAAUUUUUUCCAGGGCGGUGCAAAAAUCGUAAAUAUCGUAAAUCGUUCGCUGAGCGAGCAUCAGUCUAAAAUGGUGAAAAUGAAGCCCAAUGAGGUCAGGGAUGACGAUUCCUCGACGGAGUCGAAUGAUGAUUUGAUUGGUUCGAACCAUCAUUACGCGGGCGGAGGUCGGGAAUGCUGCGUGCACGUGAAACCAUCGAUAGCUCCGACCGUCGUGCGGAAGGUAGUCAAAUCGGCUGGCCUACUCGGGCAGUGCAGCAAGUGUCGUGAUGGUCAAUCGAAGCCUAAAUUAAACGCGGAAGAACCCGCUGUCGGACAGGACGAGGAAGGUUUCGAAAUUGAGGAAGAUUCCAGCCUGUGGCUUUGUUUGAAGUGCGGCACACAACUGUGCGGCCGUUACCGAAGCAAGCAUGCCUUGGAACAUUUUAAGACUCCCCACUCGGAUCAACACGCACUGGCCUUGAAUACGACCAACUUGAAAGUGUGGUGCUACGCUUGCGAUAUCCACGUUAACCCAAAGUCCAAUCCGAGACUGCAGGAAUGCGUCGAGUUUGUGACUCGCGAAGCGAGUAAGUCGAAAGAUCCCUUCCACUCGCCACAGAUUUUCAACAUCGAACCGAAACUGCACACCACACCCGAAUCGCUUCGAGCUGUUUUGGGUGAUGUUUUACCCUUACCAGCGCCUUCCGGAUCAACCAUCGUCACUCAAAUGGCAGGGCAAACUAACAGUGCCGCCGCCGUUCCGGUAACCGUUCCCAACUAUCGCGAUAUUAGACUGGAUAUCGGCGGCACCAGAAAGACUCCUCCCCAGACAACCACGGUGGCUAUCGUAGACAGUUUGCCACGCGUUCGGGGUCUGUCUAAUCUGGGCAAUACCUGCUUCUUCAAUGCUGUUCUACAGUGUCUCGCUCGUACUCCCUAUCUGCUGGAUGUGUUGAAAGAAUCCGCCGAAAAGGGCGAAAAGUUUCAGCUACCGGGUGGACUGCUCAAGCUUAAGGAUGGCACGGAAACGGAGCUGCGACCGAUUGUCGGAGAGCUAAAUCCGUGGGGCUCCCUAACCCAGGCACUGGCAGAAACGCUCGGUGAACUACAAGCUGGCACCAGUGGAGUCUUUUCGCCGGAGAAACUGCUGAAGCAGUUGAUCAACAAAUGGCCUCAGUUUGCCGGUGCGGAUCAGCAUGAUUCCCACGAAUUGUUGCGGCACCUGUUGGAGAGUGUUCGCAGUGAGGAUUUGAGAAGAUACCAGCUGGUGAUUUUACUCUCGCUUGGCUACACCAAGAACGUUGACCCGCAGAGCGUCGAGGACACGAUGAAGGAGAAGAUCAAGUUCUACGGCUCGCAGGCGCUCGAUCGGAUCAUCCGACCGGAGCCGGUUUUCCGGGGCUUCCUUGUCUCCACGCUAACCUGUCAGGACUGUCAGCAUAUUUCGUCGCGACACGAAUCCUUCCUAGAUUUGUCGUUGCCGGUCAGUGCGGAGAAACCUCAGCCACCGAUUCGGCGAAAAGGUAGUCCGGAGAUGGAUUACGGGUACAGUGCCAGCAGUGGUAGCAGUGCCCAAGCCACCACUAAACAGUUGAACAAAUCCGACCGGCGACGGUUAAAGAAGGGGAAUCGGGUCAAGCGAGACAAGAACUUGAUAAACUUAACAACCACUGGCACCGAAGAGGGCAACGCGGCAGAUGCAAUGGCAACCAGCGAAGCUGGAGCUACUCCGGCAGCUACCGGAGGAGGUGGAGAUGCUGAGUCCGGAGCGGAUGAUGACGGCAUGUCCGAUGCGGACGUCGAAGAUAACCUAACGGAUGAUUCACAACCUAAGAAGGGACUAGCUGGAGCAGUGGAUCAGAAUGGCAAUCAGGCACUGGCCGGAACCCCGGGUAAUCCGGAAAAGAGUGAUGACACUCCGGAAAACCCGAAUAAGGAGGUUUCGAUCGGUGAUGGUUGUAACGUGGUCUGUGAGUUAGGGUUGAGUGCCGAGGGCGCGGUGAACUUGAUGGAAAAAAUGAGUUUGAAUAGUACUGACGGUGCAGGAGGAAAGCAGAAACUGGAUCAGGAUGCCAAAAAGCUAAAGAAUCGUCGCCAGCGGACCUACAGCCAUGCGGACUGGGGCAGUACUCUAGCGCCGCGCUAUCAGUGCGAAGAUAACGAGUGCUCCAUCCAGUCGUGCUUCAACAGUUUCACUGCUGUCGAGCUGAUGACCGGUAACAACAAGGUCUGCUGCGAUGCUUGCACCGAGCGAAUCAACGGCAAGGAUGGCAAAUCGGUUAACACGAACGCAACGAAGCAGUUUCUCAUUUCGUCACCUCCUGCGGUGCUAAUUUUGCACCUCAAACGCUUCCAAGUGGGACCACGUGGGUCACUGCGAAAGAUGACAAAAUCCGUCACAUUCCCCUUUGUGUUGGACAUUGCACCGUUCUGUGGUUCUCGCGUCAAAAAGCUUCCCAACGUUAAACCCGGUCAGAAAAAACUGCUUUACUCACUGUACGGUAUCGUGGAACAUUCGGGCACAAUGCAUGGUGGCCACUAUGUGGCAUACGUUAAGGUCCGUCCACAGUUAACGCGAAGCGACAGACGGUGGGAGUUUCUUCCGAAAGGAUCGCGUGCCGAGCUGGAUCAAGAGGAUGAGGAAGCCCUCCAGCUAGAGCGAGAUCUGGCGAAGGAACAGGCCCGCCAACUGAUCAGCAAUGUUAACAACGCGCGGGAUAGUGACGAUGCGUUGACUUCUUCCAGCAGCUCUACCAGCCGAUCAUCCACCGGAACGGCCACCUCGGAUGGGGAAGAAGAAGGUGCGGUAGGAUAUACUCCUCGGCCGGAGCUGCUGCCUGAUGUAGAGCCACCACCCGGCAAGUGGUACUACGUAUCCGACAGUCACGUUCGGGAAACGAGCGAGGAUAGCGUGUUGAACGCGCAAGCCUAUUUACUGUUUUACGAGCGCUUCUUCUAAACGCCUUUGUUUGUUCAUUUGUUUGGUUCUUGGCGUCGUUUCGACUUGAUAACUGGGUACAUUUACAGCGCAAGCGACGCUGGGUUCUUAGGUGGCAAUCUCCUCUCAGAGACGUGCAAAAUAAUUUAUUGAAAUUAGAGCUACUUUUUUUGCAUAGCAAACCCUGGGAAUAGAAAAAACUACUUUCAUCAUAGUACUACGAAAGCCGUUCCGAUUCAGGCUGAGAUAUCUUCCGAAGAGUUUUUUUGUAGAAUAGUGCUACUGCUAGAGCAGACAGCGGAACAGCAUCACGACCACGACGGUGCAUCGAAAAGCAGAAAACUUAACAAAACGUUUGAAAUUCAUCAAUCCUCUUUUUGCCUAUCACACAGCGAGCGUCAAUAUACUAUAAAUAUAAUAAUGAAAUUGUAAUUAUUAUG